AUAAGUUUGAUGGAUCGCGGCCGACACUAACACUGAAGCAGGAUUCGGUGGUCAGCCCUGCUGAUACGUCCGGCAGCAAUGAGGCCACGAGAGCUGAGAACUGGCCAAUAACUCAACCUGCACCUAUGGAACUUGAAGAAUCAGAGAAAAAAGCGAGCCCAUGCCUACAGACAGGUUCAGGACUGAAGAAUCUGAUAGCUAGCUCUAUUAUCUUCUCUGCUGGAAUUACAAUAGCUCUCAUUGUACAAAUAAGUGUUGGAACUACACAGAUUGACCCCCAUGGUGCUGUGAUAUCAGAUGUACCGCUGUGUUCUGGAAUUGGCAAAGACAUCCUACAGCAGGGUGGAACUGCUGUCGAGGCAGCUAUAACUACUGUUCUAUGUGUUGGACUAGUCAAUCCUCAUAGUACUGGUCUGGGCGGGGGAGGAUUCAUGUUGAUUAGAGAUUUUAAGCGCAACAAAGUUUCUGUGAUAGACUUUCGUGAGGUAGCACCGAAGAAAAUCACAGAAUAUCUUGGAGGAACAAAUGCUAGUCAUGAAGAUCUUCCAGUUGGAGGUAUUGUAGGCAUACCUGGAAUGCUUAAAGGGAUGGCCACUGCUCAUGAACAAUACAAAAAGUUGUCUUGGGAGAAGCUGUUCACACCAGUGAUACACUUAGCAGAGCAGGGCUUCGACUUAACAGCCGAUCUCGAGAAAGCGCUGAAGAAAUUUACGUAUGGCGAACUGUCUGCGUUCGGCAACAUGUCACUCUACUACACGUACAAUGGGAAGUGGAAGACAGCUGGUGACCUUGUGACACGGGUGGAUCUUGCCUCGUCGCUGCGGGUCAUCGCAAGCCAAGGGUCUGAUAGUUUCUAUGAAGGCGGGAUUGCAAAUAGCAUUGUGAGAGCGGUGUCUGCAGCAGGUGGUGUGAUGUCUAGAAACGAUCUUAAAACAUAUGAUGCGAUAGAGAGGUUACCGCUGUCAUUAAACAUCUCAGGGUAUAACAUGCGUACUGUUGGGGCACCUGCAUCCGGUGCAGUAGUCCUGUCUGCUCUUAACAUCCUCGAGGGAUUGGGUAUCAAAGCUGACAAUUUGAGGAGCAACUACACAUACCAUUGCAUCAUUGAAGCACUAAAAUUCGCAUUUGCACAGCAGUCUAGUCUAGGGGACCCAGACUUCCAACCACGUGUGGAUAAUAUAACCAAACUAAUGCUCGACAAGGAGGCAGCUGCUCUGCUCCGGAGCAAGAUCAGCGUCGAUUCGGUCAUCGGUGACUAUGAGCCAUUCGUAGAAGGCAGCGAGAGGCAGGGAACUGCACACGUAUCUGUCAUAGACCAGGACGACGUCGUGGUGUCCGUGACAAGUUCAUUGGGGUCUCCUUUCGGAUCUAAAAUCAUGACAAGCUCUGGUAUUCUGCUGAAUGAUGCCAUACUAGAUUUUGAUAGGAGUACACAUAAUCCGGAAAACCAGAUGAUGCCUGGUAAAAGACCUUUGUCCGAUAUGGCACCUCUCAUCUUCCAAAAACUAGACAAACCAUGUGGGCUUAGAGGAGCUAGCGGUGCCACGAAAGGAAGCCACAUCAUUAGCAGCCUCGUACAGGUAAUGGUUAGUAUCAUUAGUGGGGGAAGCUCUGUGACUGACGCGAUAGAGUCUCCUCGUCUCCACCCCGACGCACGCUCCAAUAAAGUCUACAUAGAAGAGGAUUUUCCGCGCAGUACAGUCGAUGGGCUGAAAGCGAAGGGACACAACAUAGAGAGUGUGCCGAAAGGAAUCGGUGUUGUUAACGUCCUCGACAAAACUGAAGAUAUCAUCGCAGGUCACGCCGACUCGCGGGGUACUGGUAAGAUCGCGAAGUACUAAUUUUCAUGUGUGUAACCUGUGUACCACUGUCACACUGAUAAGUAUCCGUAUGCCACCGCCUAACGUUGGUGAUAGAGAGACAAUACUUGGAGACUAGGUAAUAUUGUCAGAAGGGGAAAUGUUGGUGAUCACUGUCAUGUUGACUUCACGUGAUCGGGUUUGCCAAGUUAUGGAUGACCGAAAGGUCAUUUGUUUUCGCAGUUGACUUGCAGGUGAAAUGCUGGCUAACUACUGUUGUGACUGAUGCUGUUAUAGUUACGAUGGACACUAGUGACUAUGCAUCAAGUCUUAUAGUGGGCCUUGCUAACUAAGCGUCUAUUGUAAUAAAGAUGGUGUUAAUGUCGUGGAUGUGCUGUCAUGAAGUAAUUAUGGCUAGACUAAAUAUAUAUUUAGAGGGAAGAACUCGUGCCAUUAUUGCACAUUUGAUUAGGGGCAUGUGUUAUGUCAGUCGUAAAUACCAUUACGAAUAUCAUGGUAAGCACAUGUUUGUGCAGUUAGAUCAAAUGAAAAAAAGCAGUUUUAAAUGUGAAGUUUACAAUUGUCAUAUCAGAUUCCCAGUAAUCAUGCCGUGUUGAUUAUUUAUGCACUGAUUCUCUCUUGGGUAAAAUCAUGACAUCAUUUGUUGAAAAUUUUCCAGUUAUGAUCAAAUUAUGCAUUUCCAUUUAGAGAAUCUCAUCAAAUCCAUUAAUAUGAUGUUAAUAUAUUGUUGAUCUAAUACCUCAAGGUUAUGUGGAGCUGGGACCUUGUGUGGGCAUGCUGCUGCUAUAGUUUCUAUUUAUGGUGAGAGAACUGAGGAAACUUUUUCCAUUCCCCCAAUAGUCUAUAGUUUAUUUACCUCUUACCUGUGAUUAGCGAUUACUACUGUAUGUUUUUUUUUAUUUCACAGAUUUUUAAUGUCAAAUCAUUCUCAAACUUCAGAAUCUCUGAAUUACCUACCGUGUUGUGAUUUAUGUAAUGCUUCCAAUCUUCUUGUUUUUUUGUUAUUAUCGUUGUUGAUGAUUGAAUACAUUCCAAUGGACAGUGCAUGUGACUUUUCGAUUCUCAAUCCCAUCCAUUAUCUCGCGUAUUGCUUAGUCAAGCACAUCAAUUCCAUGCUAGUCUGUAUGCUGCUGCUGCCAAUGAUAUUAUAAAUAUUCUAACUAGAUGGCAGCUUCUUUUUGUUUGAUGUUACAAGAUAUUUCUUGUGCCCUGUAUUUUAGACCCUAAUAUAAAUAAAGUUGUUCUUUUUAUAGGCGAGCUCAGAAACAGACUAAAAAUAAUUGUGCCAUGGGCUCUAAUAGCGAAUGUAUUAUUAGUUCCUGCAAAACAACAAUACUUUUCUGUGUCGCAGUCACACUCAGAUGUUUAAUAAUAUGUGGGUAUGAGAAAUAAUAGUGUGUGAAUGAUCACUGGCGUUUCUGUGAAAGAAGCUGAGAAAAAGUCUACUUGUUUUAAUUAACAAUCACUCAAAAAUUCAAACAAGAAGAAAUCAGUAGUCAUUCUCACACCUUUCUUGCACACGUAUCUUCUAAUUCUUACAAACCUGACUAUCACAGUAAGGCAAGAAAUUGUUACGUUGCUUGCUUAUAAUACUUAACGUCAGUGCUAGAUAGGGAUGCAGUCGAGAUUUUUCUUUGUAGCAUUCCACAAUUUACAAAUGUAAGAGGUUUUUCAACCAAGGCAGUAUGACUUUUAUUACUGUUUUACAGAACAUUAUUUAUUAUGUUUAAUUUUGUAUUGUACCGUCUCGUAAUAUAAUAAAAAGGCAUGUUGUGCGUAAACAAUGCA